AAAUUAAAAAUAAAGAACUUGAUAGAUAUGAAAACAAAUGAGCUAUCAAAGUAUAAAUACGAAUUACACAAGAUAUAUGAAAGCCAGUCAAGAAAAUAAACAAAUAAACAUGUUGAAAUGAUUGAAAGAAGGGAAGAAAGAAAGAAAGAAAGAAAGAAAGAAAGAAAGAAAGAAUAAUUAAGCUGGCCAUGGGAAGAGGAGAUUGAUGCCACUGAUAUCAAUAUGAAAAACCUUCACAAUGCACAGAGGUCUCCACCCAAAGCCCAGAAUCCCUCAGUCUCUAUAAUCAAUGGAAAGAGGGAGGGCAAGGAUCCAUGAAUUUUGGAACCACAAUCUAGGAGUAAACACAGUGUCCACAAAUACAUCAGGAAACUCCUGAAAUUAGCUGCUCAAAAAUGCCUUAGGCAGCAGAAGACAAACGGUGAUGAGGACACAAAAAGGAAGUGGGUGAUAUCAAGAAAUCCUAUCAGUGGCUAGAAAAGGCCAGCUUAAAAGACAGCACAUAGCAGAUCUGCCUUAAAUAGCAGAUCCACAGAGGCAGGAGUCUACCAUGGCCAAUAGGAUUCACAUUGCAGACUGUGCAAAAGUGCCCUGGAGACUUUCCAGGAUGUAAGAUGAAAGCUGGGACAGUACACUGAGAGCCACACCCAAGUGGCUGGGUGGGUUAGGAGGUGUGACCCCUAAACUGGUAGUGUGGCUGACUUAUUUUUUCAGUUCUGAUUAUAAUUAGCUUGGGAGUGUAGCAAUUACCUCCCACCACAGGGGGCGCUCAGAGCAAAGGGUCGCCCAAUAGAGACACGAACUGUUUUAUUUAUCAGAGACUACAUCCUGUAGCUCUCAGCUCGUCUGUUUUCCAUUUGUUGUGGAGUUGUUGCAGCUGGAAGUCUGUCUUUAUUUUCACUGCACUUUUUUUGAAUAUCAACCAGAUUUUUUCCCGCACAUAUCUGUGAAGGCGCCCAGAGGAGUUCCGCCGGGCAGGGAUUCCAGGCUAACGCUGGCGGGAUUUGGCAUUAGCUCGCACCGUUAGCCCUCCGCUGUGAACCGGAUCCGGACAGAGUUUUUCUCUCUGCGUAUCUCACCACAAACAGAAGACUGAAGUUAUGAUGGCGAGUGAAAAUGCUGACGCCAACGCGGGGAACGAUGAGGAAACGGGUCCCUCAGCCGAAUCUAACGAGCACGACUAUGCCCACUCUGCGGACACAAACUUGGCGAGCUCUUCCACCGAUCCUCCAGGAGAGCCCUUGCAGAGCGUCCCGGUGCAGCCCUCUGACUCCCUGCAAAUGGAGCUUCCAGAACCCGCUGUGGGUGCAGAGGUAGACUGCCCCGUUGGGAAUGAAGUGGAGGCACAGACCGGAGUAAACCCCCAAAAGACUGAAGACUCUCAGUUGGCUGCUCCGGCGAUCCAUCGCGGAGGUCCGCGGCGAGUGAGGCGGCCGGAGGACAAAAAUUGCUCCUGCUGCAGGCUCGAGUUCGAGCGGCACGGUCGGUCCUUCAACCGGAGGGCGGUGUACACGUUCACCUCCCCGGAGACUGUGCACUGGGCCUUCCCGGGCUGCGUGGUCCACGAAAAGUCCUUCCUGUGCGAGACGUGCGCGCAGGUGAUCCGGAGCAAAUGCAAACGCAAACAGAGCGGGAAACGGACUCUGUGGCUGAAGCCGCCUCCAACCAAACCGUCGCAGGUGAAUGAUAAGAAGGCGGCAGGUUGCAGGAUGGGGAAAAAGAGCAAAGCAGCGCUGCUUGUGAGCAAGUCCAGCUACAAAGCUGCUUUCCAAAUGCUCUGGUCCUCUAAAGGUGCCCGGAAACCCAUGAUGGAGUUCUGGAGCAAACAGCUGAAAAAUGAGAUGAAGAUGCUGUCGCGACUGUCAGACAAUCCCUUCCAUCAGAAGGUAUCAGGGAAAAAACCGCUGUCGUCCUUCCCCUGGCGGAGAUGUCUGAACUGGGUUCAGGAAAAGGCUCCGCUUGUCACCACCUGCCUCCGCUCGCUGUUCCCAGACAUCAAUGCCCUCUACAAGAGCAACAGCCAGCUGACAGAGGAGCAGGCUUUCAUGCUGCUGGAGCGACGGACUGUGGUGGCGCUCUCCAUCCCUCUCUUCACCAGGAACAUCUGGAAGAACAACUUCCUGCAGGCUGCUCUGGGGGCUGAGCUCCGCCUGCAGGGCUGCUCCGGGUCCGCCCUUGAAAUCCUCAACACUAUGGGCCUGUGCCAGAACAAAGACACCGUCAGGUUGCUGCUGCACAGACUGCGAAAUGGCAAAGACAUGGAUGGAGAAGCCGGGAUGAACGUUAAAGAAGAGCAACUGAAAGAACAGAUGGGAGAAGUGAUGACAGAUGAGGAAGAGGAGGAGGAAGAGGAAGAUGAAGAAGAGAAAGAUGAGGAGGAAGAAGAUGACAAUGAAGAGGAGGAGGAAGAGGAGGAAAUGGUGAUGGCAGUAGAAGAGGAGGUAGUUGAAGAGGAAGUGCACGAUGGGAUGCAAGAGGAGGAAGAAGUUGAGGAGGAUCGUGCAGCGGAGGAAAAAGAAGAAAAGAAGAGAAAGAAGAGGGCAAAAAAGCAGAGGAAGGAGGAGAAGAGGAAGGAGAGAGUGAAACGAAAGGCAAAGGAGCAGCAGGAGGAGGAUGAUGACGACGACGACGACGACGAUGAUGAUGAGGACUCGGAGCAGAAAAAGAAGAGGGUAGUGGUUGUGAGGCUCGGAUUGCUGAAGGGACACUCGGAGGUCGGACGAUCGGAUCUGUCAGCCCCUUAAGGCUGCAGGCCCCACCUCCAAUCGGAGAGCAGCACAGAGUCCCCGCCCUCUUCCCUGGCAUGGUUGGUAACUGUGGAGGGAAAGAGCUUUACUAUAAGAACACAAGAACACAAAAACUGCUCCAAUAUGACUAACAGCAAAACACACACAGCUGAUUAAUUAUGACUGAAAAUCACCAAAUUCUUCAUUUCAUUGCACCUCAUAGCAAAUAAAAAUUUCUUCAGAUUUAAAAAGGAAAAUAAGAAAUUUGGCUCAAAUCACAAGAACAGCAACGGGAUGAAGUACAAUGACCUAGAGUAUAGAUGAGAGUAAAAACACGGGGCGUUUUGCUCUUUUAGUUUGAAGAUUAAAGUAAUUAUUCCACAUGAUAUUGAAAUGUUAUAUUAGUAAAGUCAAAUAUAGCAACAGAAUAUAAAUGUUAUGAGAAUAAAGUCAUUUUGUUUUGAUGAUUUCUUAGUUGAUCGUGCUUUAAGGUUUUGCGCUGGGUCUCAAGUUUUCACAGUAAAGCCAAAUAUUCUCUUUAUAGUAUUUUGAACUUUCAGUAGCAGAAGAUGAGAUGCUGGUAAACACUGAACAGCGCUGUCUGUGAGGAAACUCUGUUAAGCUAGUUCAUUGAUUUACUGCCAAAUUCCAUUCACCAAAACUGAAGUGUAGUGUUAUGUACAGCAAACUGUAAUGUUAGUCAUCCAAACGCUCUAUAUAGAGUGGCUAGGACGACUUCAGAGUCUCAGAUUAGCACAAGUGAGGCCUAGCAGGCAGCGAUUGGCUACACCUGACUUUGUUUCCGUACCUGCCCACUCUAACUGUAUGCCUAACAUUAUCCAAAAAUAUGGUUUCUAUCAAAAACCACUGCUUGGAAAGUCGAUACAAAGUGGAAAACUAUCCAUUACAGACCAAAACAUGUUUUUAUUUGCUGCAAAGUCAUCCAUUUAACCACAGGACUCUAUGGGGAUUGGCUCGCGUUUGGAGACAGCCUCAAGUGGACAGUAGGAGUACUGUAGUUUUUUGGCGCUUGACUUUCCUUUGUUUUUCUGCUCUGAGGCUGCUGCUUGCAUCACACGGUCUCAAACCUGACUGGGUAAUAAAUAUUCUGGUUAUGCCACAUGUCCAAGUAUAAAAGUUAAAAAAAAAGAAAGAAAAGAAAACUGAACAGUAAAUUUGAAUCAAUGAACCUACAAAGUCUCUAAAUAUAGUUAAAUGUGGUCUAGACAAGUAAUUAAAAAAUGUAACAUUACUCAAAAUUCUCUUGUAAAUCAAUCAGUUAUUUUUUUGUUGACUUUAUUCUCAUCACAUUAUGGCUUGAUUCUCAUAACAGUGAAUUUUCUGCUCGUAAGAUUUACACUUAAACACACCUUACCUUUCAGUAAAGUCCAAGCAAUUCCCUCCACUGAAUAUUUCUUAAAUUCUGGAUAUUUACUGGAUCUCAAAGCACUUCCCUGUAAUUACACAGUUACUCUUACAAAAAAAAUUAAACUGUGCUUGUGAUGGCAUGUAAAAUGCAUGAGAGGGGGGUACAAGCUGCACUUUUACCUUCAGAGAGGCUGGAUAUCCUCAAACACUUUGAAUAAAGCCAUCAGUGACCGUCGUGGACUCCGUGUUCAUUGGACUGUCACAGCUAUCAGGAGGUGGAAAUUUUCUAAUCCCGCUGCGGUUACGCCAUCUUUAUUUUUACAAACUUGCAGGAGAAGAUUGUGCGAGUUUGAUUCUGAACACUGUGACGUCUCAAAGGACUGAGGCUGGGAGCUGAGUAGAUCCACACCCAAGAAAAGGACCUGGACUUUUUGUUGGCUUUGGUGAACCAAACUGAAGCGAUCGAAGGCUUCAGUGUGCUUGUACAGCGAAGCUUUUAUGCAUUGUUUCUUCGUGUCAUGCUGGACCGAUGGCAGGAUUGCAGAUUUGGUCGCCUGCAGACAUCAUAGCCACUGAGUAACCAUUAAACCAGACUUUCAGUGGUAGUUAGUGUCCUUAUGUUUGGUUUUCAGGAGAUUGUUUAAUGUAUCAGAGCUUUUAGAGGAACUUUCUUGGCAUGACAUGAACACAGUGGGAAAUGUGUAAAAAGCCUUUAAAGAUGUGAUAAAUACCAAAAACAAUUCCUUAGACUGUAAUUUCAGUGAAGUUUACUAAUAAUUUUCAGAAAAGAUAAUUUUUUGCGCUUCGGUUCUCAUUACAGUGGAAAUGAAUGUUAGAUAGGCUUUUUUUUUUUUUUUUUUUCUGUAACUGUAAUUUGAACCAGAAUGUGAUGUUCUUUUCAUGAGAUUACUACAAAAUCAAAGACCUGUAACAUUUAAGGGUUUAUAAAUGAUGAUCUGUUUGCUCAGUUCAGUCUGAGAGCUUCCUGAAGCAGGACACUCUGUAACUCACUCUGAUUUGUAAUGAGGUUUGGUCCUUUGGGGUUUCUCAGAGUCUCAGAGAUGUUUUUAUUUUUAUGUUUAAGUUGUGGAUCGCUGUGUUUUCCGACUGAUCUCAGAUCUGACGCUCAGACAGAGGAAGCACAGCGAGUCUGAAACUGAGAUUCUUACUGGAAAAAGUUAACCAAUAAAAUGUUUAAGGCUUCA